GGCUAUACGAUAGAAUUUACACAUAUCACCGCCUCACUUUCGACCAACCGCUGCUUCCUAUCUCUCCCUUCCACGAGAACACUAUCUCAUCGCGUUCGUUUUCCACGGAAAAGAUAACCCGGGAGAGAAGCCGCCUGCUCAGCGGCUGUCUCUGAAACACCGUCAAACACACACCGAGCCCAGACUACAAGAUGAGCAACUACCCUAGAAGAAGCGCUCGAAUCUCCCAUCUCCAGCAACAGCAACGCAGUGGCACAGCCCCUCCCUACACAAACAGUUACUCACAAUCUUCGAGUACAUCGACGAGUUCGCAUCCGAGCCCAAUCAGUGAAUGCCUUCAACCACCGCCUCCACCACCGACUGCCCAGCAGUCUCAGACUGAUUUCCAGGCUCAAUCACUGUUCAUGCCGCAUCAGCAACAACACCAGUCUCACUUCAACGCUCCUUUGCCUUCGCCCUCCACGGCAGAGAUGGAUUCUUUUUUCGGUCGACCUCAUUCUCAGCCGAAUCCCUACACAUCACAGCAGAUGCAUCUCAGUCAUUCUGCUCAACAACGACAACAAUCGUAUAAUGGUCAAUCACAACAAUUUGAACAGCCAAACCCACAGCAGCAAUUACAUCCGCACUCGAAUUCCAUGUCACAAGAGCAUCCUGCUCAUGGUCAUUCACUCAAUCCGGGCCAGCUGCCACCUGAUUUUCUUGCCGAGGCAGCUAAGCGUGCGCAGAUGGCUUGCCUCAUGCGAGACUUUGGCGAUGUUUCGCUGUAGAGACUACAUGAUUCUCUGAUUCCAUAUCAUUGGAUUUUCGGGUUCAUUUUCCAUGCACGGCUGAGUUUGCCGGAAGAGAAGGUCCCUGAAAUGUGUUUGUCAACGUGGAAUUUUCAGCACGAUGGCCACCAGAAC